CAAAAUGGAAGUUUUGGUUGCGUAGUGUACCAGUUAUUACUUGAUUUAUGACAUCGUUUGACGUAUUUAUAUUGCAAUUAUGGAUUCUGACAGUGACUCAGAUGAAUUUUAUGAUGCUGAAGACCAUUCUAUUGAUUCAUUCAUAAGUUCCAAAUCUCGUGGCAUUCUAUCGCUCAGCAGUCUUCCAUCCAGUAAAAAUUUGUCGUUCAUUCAAAUUCACCAUACACACACUCCAGACAUUACAGAAGAGGAAAGGUUACUGCUGGAAUUGAAGAAGAAGGCUGUUGAAAAGUGGCAGAGAGAGGAUGAGGAGCUUGAACGAAGGCUGCAUGAACUACAGAAGAAGAAAGUUACUGAAGACAGCAAAACAGAGGAAGCCCAUACUCAAAUGCAGGAACUGGAGAUUCGAAGAAGGAAGCUGGAAGAAAUGCGACAGCUUAUUCGUGAGGAGAGCAUGACAUUGCGACAUGCGGCUGAUUCUUCGCCGGAAGAAGAUGUCGUGGAAGAGGAAAUACUCCAGGUGAUUCAGUCCUCCCCGCAUAAAAAAUCACACACCAUCGAGAAGAUGGAGCACAGCUACCAGGACACAAAGGAGCACUUGUAUCGCCGGCACAGCCGCAAAAAACGAUCGGGUUCCUGGGGAGACCUGCCGCACAACACCUCCGUGAUUGUUGGUGAAAGUGAAACCGAAAGUAGCAUGACUCCGAAAGAAGGCACGAGUGUAAAGCGCUCGCAAAGUGGUCGAUCUAAGCUCCUGACACUGAGGCACGGAUCAAGUGACGAUGAUGAUGAUGAAAGUCACUGUGAGCUGGAGGCGAUUAAAGUCGUCGAUGAUGUCAUGUACGACAGCCGCCGGACAGUGAUGGAUGGUCAGCGGACAGCUACGGACGGUCCGCAGUCGGUAAAAGACGGUUCACUACCGGUGAAAGACAGUGUGAUGUUGGUGAAUGCUCCCGAUAUUGUGAUGAGCACAAAACCGCGAACUUCGUCUGCCGAAUUCAGUCUUCCAGUCGCUCCACCCAGGAGGAAAAAGUCUACAAAUCAGGCCAGCACGUCGCACCAAAGAUCAUCGGUUGAUGUAGAAAUUCCGUCUUUAUCAUCGUCUGUGUCAUUGCCAGUAGACAACUCGGACAAGGGUCUUGGUAAGAGCUUCCAGUGCCUUGAGCUACGGGAUGUCAUCAGGGGAUCAAAGAUGGUCACCUCAGAGGCAGCUGAAGUGAAUGCUGUGAAACCUCAUGGAAGCAGUUGCGACUCGCAGCUGCCAUACAUAACCUUUGAAGACCCAACAGACGAAGAAAUCAAUGGUGGCAGUGAUGAUGACAGGGUUCACAAGAAAAGAAAGAAGGAUAGGUUAAGAAGGUCAUCGGGAGAUAAAUGUCGCAGUCCGUCCCCAGUUCCCACAUCGCCAGAUCAGAAUAUUUCUCAGUUGGGAUGUGAUUUAUCAAAGACUGAUGUGGAAAUUCUUGACUGCUGUCUGAUUAAGAACCUGGACACUGGAGAGGAGCUGCCACUAAGCAAGGCGGCAGAAGAACUUCCACAGUGCAUCAACCCGGUCGAUCUACACAUUGUUCAGAGAACAAAGGAGUAUAAAGGUGACAGCCUACACCCAGAUGCUUCAACGGAUGAAGAUACAAUCUCGUUCCAUUCCAGUUCCAGUUCAGCCAUGAGUCUAGGCUCCAAGAAAAAGAGGCUGAAGAAAUUAUUAAGCAGAACAGCCAGAAAGGUUAAAAAUGUAGCAGAUCAAGUGCUAUUUCGAGAUGAGGGAGACACAGAAGAAGAGGUCUCAGUAGAUGGGAAGAUAUUCAAAAUCAAGUCAUCGAACAGUAACAAGGGACCUUACGACUUUGCACAGAUUCGAAUGCUGCAGGAACUUAGUGGAGAACAUGUUGGUGCUAUUUGGUCUAUGAAGUUCUCAGCAUGUGGACGCUUGUUGGCGACUGGUGGACAAGAUGGCAUCCUCAAAAUCUGGGUCCUCAAAUCAGCCUAUGUCUACUUCACCGAUCUCAGGAAGAAGUACGAAGCAGUGUCUUUGUCCCCGGCUACCUCGGUGGAAGAUCUGACCACUGUGACGACAGAAACGGCGUCUUCUUCAGAAAACCCUGAAGAAGAAGACGAGGAUGAAAGUGCCCCGUUCAAGAAGACGCCAUUCUGUUGUUACCGAGGUCACGCGGCUGACCUUUUGGAUGUUUCCUGGUCAAAGAAUUAUUUCAUUCUGAGUUCGUCGAUGGACAAAACCGUUCGCUUGUGGCACAUGUCUCGGAGAGAGUGUCUCUGCACAUUCCAGCACAUAGACUUUGUUACAACCAUUGUCUUCCAUCCUAAGGAUGACCGUUACUUCCUGAGUGGGUCUCUGGACGGGAAACUGAGACUGUGGAAUAUCCCCGACAAGAAGGUCACCCUGUGGAACGAGGUGGGCCAGACAGGAAGUUUGAUCACGACGGCCAACUUCGUCAGUAACGGGAAGUACGCGGUGGUCGGCACUUACGACGGGAGGUGUAUAUUCUACACCACCGAGCAACUGAAGUAUUUCACUCAGAUCCAUGUGCGGUCAACACGGGGCCGGAACGCCAAAGGUCAGAAAAUAACGGGAAUUGAACCGGUGUCUGACAGCAAGAUGCUUGUGACGUCUAACGACUCGAGAAUUCGCUUGUACGACCUGCGUGACCUCACUCUGUCCGUCAAGUACAAGGGAGGAACCAACACAAGCAGUCAGAUUAAAGCUAGUCUCAGCCCCACUGGAAAGUACAUUGUGUGUGGAUCGGAGGACCACUUCAUCUACAUCUGGAAAACACGGCACGACUACAAGUUGUCAGCCACGCGUAGGGACAGAAAUGACUACUGGGAAGCCAUCAAAGUUCACAAUGCUGUUGCUACUGUAGCCAUCUUCGCUCCAAAUCCAAGUCUCUUUUGUCCUCCUGUGAAAAAACUUGACCCUUGUGCUGCAUCAAUAGCCAGUUGCGAUCUGGAGAGUGGCUUAGGGGAGAUAAUUAUAUCGGCGGAUUUUACCGGUGCUAUUAAGGUUGUGCGAAACUACCCUCAGAAGUUGUGAACAUCUUAAUUAUCUCCAAAUAACAUUACCACACUUGUCAACCGUGACGGGAAACCAGUAAUAUAAGGUUUUUAAAUUUUUUAUUUAAUACAAUGGCAGCUGGAUAAAGAGACUCUGCUGGGUUUUCUUUUCAUGUAAGACUCAGAAAUGUCAAUAAUGCUGUUCCAGAUAAUGUAGGGAUGAAUGGGGUGGGGAUACUGGUUGUCAUGUUUAAGAUGGGUGUUUUAUUCAGUACCAGCUGCUUACAAGGUAAUUAUAUUACAAGUAUUCUAUCGUGCUCAUCACAGCCAGGCUACAAAUUUGUUUUGAAACCCAGAUUUUGGUUUGGAUCAUAAGAUUAUGAGAUACAAUCCAAAAAUAUUGAUAGUCCGUCCCACGGGGAAUGCCACUUUUCAUGCUGUGGAAUUGACUACACGUUAUUUAUUUGAUGGGAUGGAGUAUAACAUCGGGCUGAGUUUACGAAGCCUGUUUUUUCAUAAACGCAAGUGUUUAAGCACUGUAAAUGUAUAUAGUUUUACACGCGUGUUAGGCUAAAACAGGAUUUGUAAAUUUGGCCCAGAAUAUUUACAAUUACAGUGGAAUUCUAAAACAAAAUUCCCAAAUUGAAUGCUCGAUAGCUAAUGUUUUGUUAGUUUUGAUGCCACCCCCCACCCCCGUCUCCUACGAUAUUUCUGGAAUAGCUAUUGCAAAUAUUGUUUUUGGUGCUCUGUAUGAAAAUAGCUGACAAGACAGCUUUGUAUUUGGAUAUUGGAUUUUUUUUAAACCUGUUGUUUAUUAUGAUGAACCUUUAUUUCAGAUGAGUAUCUUAAAUUUAAGCCAGUGUUAGUCACCAGUUGUGAUGUUGUUAUACAGAAAUAUAUCGUGGCAGCAAAAAAUAAAUAUCAUUUUGAAUGGCAAUGCUAAUAGGGUGGAAGGUGCCAUAGCAAUUGCUUUGUCUAAUGGGUUGUCUAAUUUUCAUGAAUAGAUGAAAUAAAUAAAACUUGGAAUGGUGGGUAAGUGGUAUAUAAACACACAGUGUCCUGCUCCAUCCCUCCACCACCCAACUACCAACCUGGUCGGACUGCUGGUGCUCUCUUGCACGUGCCAGCACAGGUGGUCCCUCCUCUCACCUACCCCAUACCCUUUCCUGUCCUGGACGGAGGAGCUGACAUAAGUUGACACCUGUGCCCAUGACAGGCAUGCGUUACAACAGCUUUCUCUGAAUGUGCACUUAAUCCCUAUUACUUGACCUGACCUGACCUGAUCCUCUCUAACCCUAUGGUCAGAUAUGGGACAACCCUAGCAACAGUCUUGAUUGACUUCGGGGUUUUUUUGUCAACUCCGCCAUUGAGGUGGAGUCUCCCUUAGUAAAGGCAGCAUUAUCCCCAUGUCCAGGGCCCUGUUUUAUGAAGCAAUCUUAGUGCUAAGAUCACCUUAAAUAUAUCGCUACCUUAUGCACUUGAGGCGAUCUUAGCGCUAGGAUCACCUUUCAUUGAACUAGUCGAAACUAUAUUGGUAUAGUUUGCUGUUAAUAAAAACAGUUCACAUGGUCAUCAAGUGUCAGGGUUUUGGGUCAGAUUUAGUAACAGAGACCAGGGCCAGACUCAAAUCUUUUAAUGACGUCACACACAUACAGUGAUAUUAAAAUGUCAGAUGAAGUCUUGAUUCUAGACUCUAAAAGCUAUAUAGGGCUAAGGCCUGGCCCUGUACUUAUAAGACAUUUAGAGUUUAGACUCAAAUCGUUUAAUGACGUCACACACAUGCAAUGACAUUAAAAGUCUCAGACUCUAUUAAAGGCUUGAGUCUAGGCUGUAAAAGUUAUAUAAGUAUGGGUUCCAUACUUAUAAAGCUUUACAGUGUUUUCGAAACUAUGGGAUUUGAGAACAAGAACAUGUUCUCGCCUCUUUGAAAUGUUUAGGAACACAUUCCCGGCACCACAAGAGAAUUUCAAAUACAAAGUUAGAGUAUAGACUCACAUUUUUAAUAAUGUCUUACACAUGGUCAUGAUGUUACAGUCUCAAACCAUUAUUAGAGACCGAGUCUACACUUCAUAGGUAUUAUAAGAGAGAGAGACAGAGACAGAGACAGAGAGAGAGACAGACAGAGAGAGAGACAGAGAGAGAGAGACAGAGAGAGAGACAGAGACAGAGAGAG